AUGGCAAUGGCGCUCGUUGCCCCAGCUGUGCAGACCCAACCGAUCAGACUGCCACCUGCAAGUUCGGCAGCUUCGCCGUUGGGAGCAGCCCCUCAGUGUGGCUCUGCAGCCCUUGUGGGUGCUUUCACGGCUGCGUUCACGAUGGGCUUCACUCGUCGGAUGCGAGGCCUGCAGGCUGGUGCACGUGAGCUGCCGGCAGCACCCUCAGAGUUGACGAAACUCUACUGGGAGGAAUAUGGUGCUCACCUGUUGCUGGCAAUAACGUUGACGAGUGCCUGUGCCAUGCUGAGCGCAUCCACUUCACCUUGUCUGGCAGGCCUUGCUGGAGCUCUGGCAGUGCCCAUUGUGAUUUUUCAGCACGAUGUGCGCCACCUCCAUCAUGCGGGUACAACCUUCGAAGAGAAGUUGUCCGAUGUGUUGGUUCUGGUGACCGGUACUUGUUAUGGUAUCCUGCCAUGGUCCGGGGUGCAUGUUAAGCACCACGCCUUCACGGGCUCCUACCAGGGUGCUGUGGUGGCGCCGGCGCUCCGGAAUGGCGUGCCGGGCAUGGGCGACCUGGAUGACCUUGCGGGACCACUAAGGCACGGGAACCCUUUCGAGCCAGCGAGGCGCAGCUCCACGUUGCGUGCUCUCGCCGCCUUCCUCUGCAUCCUGCUCACGGUCAGCCUCUUCCAAGGAAUGUUCAUGCUUCAGAGCUUGGUGGGGCCGCUGCAGAAGGACACUCGUGCCGCGAACGACCGCGCCGUGAUUUACAAGGGCGCGGCCCUGACAAUGGCACACCUUUGCCUGGGACUGUAUUUGCUGGGACCGGCUGCCUACAUGAUGUACAGCAUUGGCAUGAGUGCCUGCCUGACGCUGCUGACGGCACCCGUGCAUGAUGCAAGGGGUGUGUCUAGUGACUAUAGUGCUGAUGGCUACUAUGCACGGCAAGUUGCAGCCACUGCCAACAUUGCAGAGCACGAGAGCCCCCUGAUCAGAUACUUCAUGAUGGGCAACGACUACCACAUCGAGCACCACCUCUGGCCACGGGUUCCCGGGAUGAAAAAGCAGCAGCUGUCUGGCUACGCGAAAGCCUUCUGCGCAGCCCAGGGUUUGGAGUAUCGGGAGGUGACCCUCACGGAGGCCUGGACGCAUUGGGCCGACGAAGCGUUCCGCUUGGCCGGGCAGCCGUACCAGCCGGCGCCCGAUUUCGGAUCGCACCGGAGCUCUGAAAAGUGA